AUGCAAAUACACUUUUGGGCAGCGUGCCUUCAAUUAGCAACUCUCUACCUACUAUUGGGAGUUUUAUUUCGGAAACUGCGGACGCCCCCUACCGAUAAGAACAAGGACCCCAUUCUUGGACUUGACAGAUUUCAAAAGCUAUAUGGUGCCUCGCAAACCCAUUCGUUCCUAUCUGAAUCUUAUAGGCGAUUUCAAAGCCACGGAGCCACCUUCCGCGCCUUCCUUCUUACCAGUGAAAGGCUCUACACAGUUGAUCCUAAGAAUAUUCAAACUAUACUUUCAACAAAUGCGCGCGAUUACUGCAUCGGACAAUCAAGGAUCAGAGCUCUCCGUCCACUCCUUGGAGGGGGGGCUCUAGCCGCUACAGGAAAGCCGUGGAAGCGGUCACGGAUACUACUAAAGCAUGGAUUGACACGGAUUCAAGCCGUAAACUAUCAGCUCUAUGAAAGACAUUUUACGCGGUUACUAGAAAAAAUUCGAAUGGCUGAUGAAACGGUCGAUUUGCAGGAGCUCUUCUUUUCAAUGACGAUGGACACCAUUUGCGAGAUUCUAUUUGGCCAGCUAGCAGAGUCUUCGAAAACAAGUGGUUGUGAUUCACCUGCUGAGUUCUGUAGAGACUAUGAUCAAGCCCAGGCUGGCGCACUCCACAUGAUCAAAUGGGGGCGUCUCACGUAUUUGAGCCCCUUGCAGAAGUUUCGGGUAUUGUCUGCUACGACCAAAAGCCGUGCCUUUGUGAAAAGGCUCGCGCAGAACGCUCUGAACACACACGAAUCCGAAGCGAUGGACAAGCCAUUACCAGACUCUCUCUUAAAACAGCUAACCAGUGAUACGUCUGAUGAAAGGGAACUAGUCGAUCAACUGUUUAGUGUGCUCGUGGGAGGAAGAGAUACCACGGCGUCCCUUCUCAGUAUUCAGUUUCAUAUACUAGCUCGUCGCCCAGACAUUUGGGCGAAGCUAAGAGACGAUGUAGCAGCCCUUAACGGAAAGCCGCCAUCCAUACAAGAGAUCAGAAGACUGAAAUAUGUCUCAUCAGUUGUCAAAGAAACUCUCAGGCUCUAUCCCGCAGUUCCAAGAAGCGCCAGAGUGGCCGUCAAGGAUACCCUCCUGCCCACCGGUGGUGGAAGGGAUGGAAACAAUCCUAUUUUGGUAGCCAAAGGCCAGACCGUCGUUCUCGACCUAUUCAGUCUACACCGAAACAAAAACACCUUUGGAGAUGAUGCUGAGGAGUUCAGACCAGAGAGAUGGGAUGGCAUUAGACCCGGUUGGGGAUAUAUUCCUUUUGGUGGCGGUCCUCGCUUGUGUAUAGGCCAACAGAUGGGCUUUAUGCAAGCAAUGUAUACGACAGUGCGAAUGGUACAACAUUUCGAUCGCGUGUGCGAGCGCGAUCCUCAUGAGUGGCAGGAGUUAUUGACGUUUACAUGCGCAAGCAAGCAUGGAACCAAGGUUGCACUGCAUCCUGAUCCUGCCAUGUUGCAUUGA